AUGGCUGAACUACCCGCAGCGCGAAUCACCGCAGCUCAACCAUUCUCAUCGACCGGCGUCGACUACUGGGGACCAAUUCUUUUAAAACCACCCCAUCGACGAGCUGCACCCACCAAAGCCUACGUUGCAGUUUUUGUAUGCUUUGCAACGAAAGCUGUGCAUAUUGAACUGGUGAGUGACCUAAGCACAGCGAAAUUCAUCGAAGCACUUCGCAGAUUCGUCUCCCGACGCGGACUGUGCAACGAAAUCUACAGCGACAACGGCCGCAAUUUCGUAGGAGCAGCCAACGAACUUCGUCAAAUAGUGCGAAGCAAGGAUCAUCAGCAAACAAUCGCCCGCGACUGUGCCGAAAAUGGAAAUCGUUGGCAUUUUAACCCCCCACGAGCAUCACACUUUGGUGGCCUAUGGGAGGCCGCAAUAGCAUCUGCUCAAAAGCAUUUCGUUCGAGUACUUGGAACGCACACGCUCGCCUACGACUCGAUGGAAACACUGUUAGCACAAAUCGAGUGCUGCCUCAACUCUCGCCCGCUUGUGCCACUGUCCGACGAAUCUACCGACUUGGAAGUACUCACACCAGGUCAUUUUCUCACUGGAGCUGCGCUGAAGGCUGUCCCGGACAUAGAUGUCACCGACAUUCCUUUCAACAGACUUCGACAGUGGCAGCAAAUUCAAAAAAUGUUCCAACAGCUGUGGAAACGAUGGCACUUGGAAUAUCUGUCAACGCUACAAUCCCGUUCGAAAUGGUGUAAUCCACCUGUGCCCAUCCGAAAGAACCAGUUGGUAGUCAUCAAAGACGAAAAUUCUCCACCGAUGAGCUGGCCGAUUGGAAGAAUCAUCGAGCUUCACCCCGGCGACGACGGAACAACGCGUGUCGUCACUCUUCAGACACCGACCGGCCGAUACACUCGACCGGUAUCAAAAAUUUGUUUGCUGCCAAUUUCAUCAGCAGCAGAAAAAUUAAAUUCAACACCUACCCAUUGUAAACAUGUAAACAUGUAA